GACAGUUGUAGGGUGUUCUAACUUGGAGCCACAGAGUUAUAGCCACAUAGCUUAACCCUAAUGUCGAGAAGCAAUGUCAGCGGCAUAACCUUGGCACUGGCUUCCUAGAUGACGCGCCGAUAAGCCCUGUUGCCGUCCUCGCUCCAAACUUGGGUAUUACCACUAGCCUCAUCGAUGCGCAAGUUCUUAGGCAGAAAUGCCAUGCUCAACUGCGACUAAAAGACCCAAUCCCUCACGUUCUCAACCCAAUGUUCUCAACCCUGACUGCCACCAUCAUCAACCUCAUCAUCCCCAGUCAGACAUGCCCAACUUGGCUGUCACAGACUACGGCAACCACAAUCAGGGGCUGUUCACCCUCCCUUUUCCUAGUGCCAACUGGGAGAAGACCUACGGACGGCCCACACUGGACGUGGUUGCGGUCCACGGAUUAAACGGUGACUGCUUCACCAGCUGGACUGGACAGUCGCCAAGCGAACCACCCACGGUCUGGCUCAACGAACUUCUAUUGCAGAAGCUGCCUAGGACCCGUGCUAUGACAUUUGGGUACGAUGCCAGCGUCAUCGGCAACACGUCGGUUGCAGGUGUCCGGGGGAACGCUCGAAAGCUCUUGCUGCUGCUGCGAAAUAAGCGCGAAGACGACGGCAGUUUACAUCGCCCGAUUGUCUUUGUCGGCCACAGUCUCGGCGGGAUCAUCAUCAAACAGGCCCUGACACUAGCGAGAAACGAGUGGAAAGUCUAUGGGGACAUACUCACCAGCACUAAGGGCAUUGUCUUCUUCGGCACCCCACAUCGGGGCAGCGACGUCACCCAGUGGGGCGAGGUCAUCGCCAACAUCAAGGCCGCGUCGUUUGGCACGCGAGCCCGAACGCCCUUCUUCAAGUUCCUGCGGCCCAACGCCAAGGACCUCUUGGAUCUAUCUGAAGACUUCCGCCCGAUUGCACAGAACUACGCCCUGGUCAGCUUCAUCGAAGAGAACACGUUUGGCAGAUUGGGCCGCGUGGUCGUGGAAAGAUACUCAGCCGUCAUGGAACUGCCCCACGAAGAACAAGUGUACAUCGGUGGGGAUCACUCAAGCAUGUGCAAAUUCACCAGGGAUGAUGAGCGGUUCGAUGUUGUGUGGAGGGCCAUCAGGCAAGCGUCGCUUGGACCAGACACCGGAGGCACCUUCGAAAUCCGGGGGACGUACAUGCCGCAGAAACAACCGAUCGUGGGUGCAGUCUCUGCGCAGGGGGAGGGGGUGGGUGCAAGCAAUCGCAUGCUUCCCUGGCGCCCUGCUUGGUACAUAACGGAAACAGUGGAGGGCAUUCCAGUGUCUGCCUCAAGAUGACUUCUUCUCACUGUAGUUGUGGGAAGGUAAGCGCCAAGGCCAGUCAGGACUCGGUUGUCGUGGCAACGAACAAGGGGAAGGAAGGCUCGCCAAACAAGGGGCUCAUAGCUUGGAAUAGCAACCCAUGUUUGAACGACACCCCGAAAGCGCGCGCAAAUGAAGAUGCACA